AUGGACGGGCUUGACGAUUUCGAGAAGCAGCUUGCUGCUGAAAAGGCCGAAAGAGAACGAGCGCAAGAACGCUCAGAGAAACGCGAGAAGAAGCACAGGCAUCGCCACCAUCAUCGAAACUCGAGGUCGCCAGACAGGCGUGAUCGCAAUCGCGAUGAUAAACACCACAGGGAAAGGAGCAGGGAUAGAGACGGCCACAGAAGCAGGCACGAUCGCUCCCGGGAGCACGAUUCUGACGAGGAUGGCCACCGACACAAGCGGUCUCGACACUCGAAAGGAGACGGCGAAGAUGAUUCCAGGAGGCGUCGACACAGGCAUAGGGACAGAGACCAGGCCGGAGAUGAAGAGCCAGGCUUCCUUGCGUCUACGGAUCCGAAGGAGAAGCUCCCUGUACCAGACGAAGAGCUACCUCGGGACGAGGCCGCCCCCCUGGAGAGAGAUUCCUGGAUGACCGGCGCAAUAGACAUCGACUACAUCCAUCGUGGCAAGAAGGAGAAGACGCCACCUCCGAAGCAGGUCCCAGAACGGGUCAUUCACCACAGGGAACUAAAUACAGGCUUGGGGGGUGCCAGUGGUGCCUCGGCCAACGAUCUCGAUGAGCUGACGAAUGAAGUCGACUACACAUUCGGCGACGAAGGCUCUCAAUGGCGGAUGACGAAGCUCAACGCAGUCUACCGAACAGCAGAACAGACUGGCCGUUCCGCGGACGAAGUGGGCGAGGAGCGUUUCGGAAGUUUGAGGGAUUUUGAUAAUGCGCGGGAGGAGAAGAUCGUAAUGGAUAGGCGCAAGGUCUAUGGAGAGGGCUACAAGGGUGCAGAGAAGCCUACUGGGGAGCUGUACCAAGAACGCAUGGCCAAGACCCGUCCUCCACCAAAAGAAGAGCUCUACGACCAAGAUGAUGAGCCAGAGCAAGGAGCCGUCAUGGAGGAUGCCGUUCCACCUGUCGAUCAGACUACCCUCAACCGCAUGCGCGCACAAGUAAUGAAGGCAAAACUACGAAAGACCCCAGGUGCUGCAAAACUCGAAGCAGAAUAUAAUACGGCCUUGACACGUUUCAACGGUACAGCGAGCGGAGACAAGGCCGUGGUUCUGGACGCCACGCACAGCCGAAUGCUCGCAGGAACAAGGAACGAGGUGAAGGCCAUCGAUAACAAACGCGGCCGGGAGCGUGGCACGGUCGAGGCGAACGAGGACAUGACCAUCGAUGACAUGGUCCGCGAGGAGCGGCGCACCAGGGGCCAAGCAGGCGGCGAGGGCGUUCGACUUGCGGAGCGCAUUGCCAAGGAUGCCAAAUUCGACGACGACCUGGAGUAUCUUGAUGAGAAUGCCGAGAAGCUGGCCAAGCGAGUGCACAAAUCCGAGAUCAACCUGAAGAAUAUGGCCGUGAACGAGUAUCAGAAGAUGAACAAGGUUCUCGACAGCUGCCCGCUGUGCCACCACGAGGACCGACAGCCACCACAAGACCAGCCCAUUGCGCCAAUUCUUGCACUUGGAACGCGAGUGUACCUGACGCUGGCCACCGAGCCAGAGCUCAAGGGCGCCGAAGGCGGGGCCGUCGUCGUGCCCAUCGGCCACCGGACGAACCUGCUCGAGUGCGACGACGAUGAGUGGGAGGAGAUUCGCAAUUUCAUGAAGAGCCUCACGAGGCUGUACCACGAACAAGGCCGCGAAGUGCUCUUCUACGAAAACGCGGCCGCCCCUCAUCGCCGGUUGCACGCCGCAUUGGUUGCGGUUCCGAUCCCGUGGGACCUUGGCGACACGGCGCCUGCUUUCUUCCGUGAGGCUGUUCUCUCGACCGAGGAGGAGUGGAGCCAGCACAAGAAACUCAUAGACACCGGCAAGAAGGCAAGGGAGGGGGCUGGCAAGCUCGCUUUCCGGAGGAGCAUAGCCAAGGAGAUGCCGUACUUCCACGUGUGGUUCACAAUCGACGGUGGGUUGGGACACAUUGUGGAGGACUCUGCGAGGUGGCCGAAGGGUGAUCUAUUUGCCAGGGAAAUUAUUGGCGGUAUGAUGGACUGCGAGCCCGACAACAUCAAGAAACAGGGAAGAUGGAGCCGGGGCGAUCCGCGUGCUGAGGCCUUCAAGAAGAGGUGGAGGAAGUUCGACUGGACCAGGGCUUUGACAGAGGGACAGUAA